AUGGCAGAGAUAUCAGAGGGCGAUUCCAACUUCGAUGCCCUUUUCAAGGCAUUCGUCAUGAUCGUCGUAUCGGAGAUAGGAGACAAGACGUUCCUUAUAGCUGCUAUCAUGGCCACUCGACAUCCCAGAGUAACAGUCUUUGGAGGUGCUUUUGCGAGCUUGGUAGUUAUGAGUAUAUUGAGUGCUGCGCUGGGCAGGGUGAUAUUGGGAUUGAUACCCAAGGUUUGGACACUGUGGGCAGCAUCCAUCCUAUUUUUGGUAUUCGGAAUCAAGAUGUUACAAGAAUCAUUCUCAAUGGCAGCUGGUAAUUUCCAUAUCCAAGAGGAGAUGAGAGAAGUAGAAGAAGAAUUAGAAGAAGAUUCGGCAGUUCACGAUAGCCAUAAUGCUAGAGGUACAAGCUCGAAUAUCCCCUUGGAAUCGUUGGAAGAAGGAAAAGUUUUGAGUGGAGGUGGAGCGGUGGAUAUCCCUUCUUCACCUUCAACUAGGAAUUCAAAAUUACCAAAUAACAAAUAUAAGACUGGUCCAAGUAUACAUUUCCCACUUUCCGGUUCUUCACGUCAAAAUGGUGGAGUUGGACCAUUAGAACACAGACACUGGACAAUAACGGUUAAAGAGAAAUUAAGGAAUAUAAUUCAACUUCUUACCAAUCCUGUCUUCGCCCAGGCUUUCGUUUUGACCUUUUUGGGUGAAUGGGGAGAUAGGUCUCAGAUUACUACGAUAGCGAUGGGUGGUGCUCAUAGCGUCCCAGUCAUCGCGUUUGGUACAAUAUUAGGACACGGUGUAUGUACGGCGGGAGCAGUAGUGGGAGGAAGGUACUUAUCUACGAAGAUAUCCGUCAAGCAUAUCUCACUCCUCGGUUCAGCGGCAUUCAUAAUAUUCGCUUUCCUAUAUGCUUUAGAAGCAUAUUACUAUAGACCUGAAUUGGAUGACGGUGCUUUCUAA